GGUGUCACCAUAAGCCCUUGCCUUUUGAGCACCAAGUCCUCGGCGGAGAAGAAAAAGGCUUUACUCAUCAAUUUGUAGGUACGUAUUGAGGCGUCCGGUAGGGAAAUUCAGCCGAUUUUCUUGUAGAGAGAAGAUGCGUUUUGAAAUCGCGAAGAAAUUCUGUUGCUAAUUUGACGAUUUCACUUUUUUCGGUCCGAAAAACCUAACAAACUCUUCCUCGAAUCAUAUCAUCAUCUUUGAGUUGAUGGUAUUCAUCUGAAAGAGCACAGGGAAGGUAGAGGAAUAAUACGACUAUACCGAAAUUGUUUCUGAAUUAUUUCUUGAAAUUAUGCAUCCCCGUCACCGUAAUACGGGAAAUGGAUUUAGGUCUAGUUCCAUGGGAGUGGGAUUAGCUUCUUCUCGAAUCUCUCCAGAGGGAUCGGUUAGGGGCCAUGGUAGCAUAUAUGGCAAUGAUUAUCGCAACUUUAAUCAUCCGAGUGGCUUUGGGCGCGGUCAGGGAUACCCCAAAUCAUAUCAAUCAUCCCAGUCACUGCCUCCUCCGCGCAGAGGUGGGGGUUCUGUUGACAUUUUUAUGGAAGCAGGUCGCCUUGCAGCUGAAUACCUAGUUUUUCAAGGUUUGCUCCCAUCUAGUGUUUUACAUGGUAAAUGGCAAGGUGGAAGCUUGAGGAGGGAGUCUUCUGAGUUUCAGGAAUUAGGUCAACUUCGAGAAGAAGGACGAGCGUCUACUGCUUCCCCUCAUUCGGGACAUAUGGGACCUGAUUCCGGGUCAGGGUGGAGGCAGCCUCCUGAUGAAUAUGGUUCAGCAUCACGAAAUCAUUUGAGAGGCCGAAGAAGAACCUCAUCCUUCCGUAGUAGUGGCUCUGAUUGGAGUGGCCAAGGUAGGAGCAAUAAUUACAAUGAUAGAGCGAGAGCUUCUCCAGAUACAGAAGCUUAUGAGGACGCUGAUAAUCUUUCUGCUUAUAGUAAUCAACAGCAAAGUGGUGAAGAAAUUGUUUCUGAACUGCAAGAUCUCAAACCUUCCAAGUUAGGACGAAAAGGUGACACACCUGAGGAUUCUGGACCUGAACUGGUUAAGUACCCUUUGCCGGAUGAUGUAGGCUCAAAGGCAAGUACUUCUGCUGUUGUGAAAGAUCUUCCAUGUGAGAAGAAACUUGCUAAAGAUUCUGAUGAUUUAGGUAACAUAGAUUCAGGGUCUGAGGAUGUGAAAAAUACUGCCAGUAUUAAUGAAACUGAGAAACAUUGUGUGACCGAGAAACUAUCCAUCCAGAACAAAGCUGCUGAUGGUGAUCCCUUGGUAAAGCAAGAAACUGAUCUACUAGCAUUCUGCAGAUUUGCUAAGUUCCCCACUAAAACUCGCUCUGCAUUGGCGUACAAGGUUUCUAAGGCCGAUCCUAUUACAACUGUGUCAGAACGACCUUCUGAUAUUAACCCUAACAGAGAAUCUGAAAUUUCACUCGACAGUGACUCUUCCAGUUGUGCAUUAUCUGGUGCUGUAUCAGCUAAAAAACAUGAUGUUGAGCAUCUGAACUCUGAAAGAUCUAAACUGGAAGCUGUUGAGGAAACUGGUAUAAUAGAGGAGCUAUAUCCUAGAUUUGGUGAGAAGACAAGCUCUUUGACGUCUCAAUCUUUCCAGCAGGGACCAUUUUGGAACGAGAACAAGGAAGAAUCUUGCCAAAGUCCUGCCAUAUUUGAACGGACAGAUUCUAUGUUUGAGGAUAGGGGUAAGAAACGAUCUUUGGAUGAGAGUGAUGUGGUGGAGGGGAGUAGUAAAAAACCAAGAGAAUGGAUUCCGUUGAUGACUUCUAAGGAAGAUGAAUCCUUUGACCUUCUGAAGUUUGAUAAAACGAAAGUUAAUUCUGAGGAAAACAAGCCUGAUCAUGAAGUUAUUGUAGCAGCUAACUGUGUGAACUCAGUGCAGGGUUUUCAUUUCAUGAAAGGCGGGGGUGAGCAUUGUGUUGAUUAUGCACAAGAAAAGCAGCUUUUUCCGAAUUCAUUUAAGAUCUGUGACCUUAACCUUAUGGAGGCUUCUGAUAUACAUGAUAAUCACGAAAAUAAUCCGCUUCUCAUCUUCCCAUCUAUUUCUGAAACAAAAAGAGAAAGAACUCCUGUUGAUAUUGACUUGUCCAUAAGCAGUGCUCCUGAAUUUGGUCAAAAUGGUGUGGUGACUGGCAGUAAAGAGAUUGAAAUUAUUGAUUUGGAAGAUGACUCUGCUGUCGAAGUAGACAAGACCUUCCAUAAUACAGAGAGAAAGAGGGAAACUGUAUUUAAUGGAUUGGAUGGCUUUCCCAACAACGCACAAAAUAAUGGAGAUAUGCCUGAUGUUCAUGAUGGCUAUGGAAUUAUGAUUUCGGAGUUGCUUGGAGCAGAAUUCCCUAACUGUGCUUCUGUUCAAGGAGACCUUAACUCAAUGAACAAUGAAAUGCCUCUACCGAACGGAGAAGGUACUCUGGCGGAUGAUGAUCUAAUAUACAUGUCCCUUGGAGAAAUUCCAUUGAGUAUGCCAGAAUUUUAAUUUCUUUUUAUGUGUCCAUCAAUAUAAUUAUGUGAUCAAUCUACCAAAAGUGCUUGGACACCCUUGAAUAAGUUUAAUUUAAUGUGAUAGGAGUUGUGUAUUAUUCAAAAGAAGGAUAUGUAAUUUUUUUCCCACAGAUAGUGAAGGCCAGAAGUGUAUGUGGGAAAGGAAAUAGGUUAAUAUUGUAAGACAGAAUGAUAGCAAUUGGUCUUUUCUUUAGCUGCUUCUGUUUACUAUUCA